UUUCCAGCGCGGGCUGUUAUAAUUGCUUUCGUAUCAAGGCUGAGAUGACAAUUGGCGUGCUCAAUAUCAAACAGUAGUGAGAAUUACGAGCUAGCCCAUAAUCCACUGAAGAUCUUGACAUUCUGGAAGGUCGUUGUUGAUGGUAACCGCGGAACACAGUUUCAAAAAAGCACUCUCAAUACCAGGAGAGUUAAAGUAUAUUUAGGUUUCAGGGACCAUUGAAUUUCAUCUUGUAUUUAAAGAAAGUGAUUUUUCUACUUGGAUUUUCAUCAAAUAAAUAAAUUAAAAGCAAUGGCUCAUAACUUCAUGAGACAGCCGUCCGAUGGACCCGUGCAUCCACAGUACAAAAUGCCGACGCCCGAGGGCCUAUUGCCUCAGAUUAAGGACAACAGCGAUGGGUCCAUCUUCGUUCAGUACCACCCGGUGGUACAGGGCCGACACGAGGUGCAGAUGUCAUACGAAGGCGCCGGCAUUGAUGGAAGCCCGUUCCAAUGCCUGGUGGAUUCCAUCGCCGGCGGGUUUGUGUCGGUGUUCGGGUCGGGACUCGUCGGCGGCAUGUCUGGCGAGAACGAGUCAUUCACAGUAGUGGCCAAGCACGGAACACUCAACGACGUGCAAGUGUCUAUUGAUGGCCCGGCACGCGCAGAUAUGACGCGGGAAAACAAGGGUGACCGGUCGAUCUUCAGCUACCUCCCCAUGACCCCCGGGGCGUACAACAUCAACAUCAAGUACAAGGGCAAGGACAUCAAGGGAUCCCCUUUCCAGGCCAAAGUGUCAGGCGAGGGCAGGAAGCGUUCCCAGAUCUCCAUCGCGAAGAGCAGCGACUAUGCCCUGAACGUGAUAGAGCCUGACAUUAUUGACCUGGCCGCCUCCCUCAAGAAGCCUGGUGGAGGCAUUGAGCCUUGCAUCCUUAAGAAGCUCCCAGACGGCCAUCUAGGUAUCGCAUCGUUCGCGCCCAAAGAGAAAGGCACGUACCAGAUUAACGUACACACGUCUAACGAGAAGCACAUCAAGGGGUCCCCGUUCUCCAUCCCCGUGGGGGAGUCGGAGAUGGCGCACGCUAACAAGGUUAAAGUCUCCGGUUCAACCUCCACUGCACAGGCUAACUGCGAGAACUACUUCGUUGUCGAUACAACAGGAGCCGGUUACGGUGGUAUCUCCGUGGUGGUGGAGGGGCCACACAGGUCCGAGCUGGACUUCGAGGAGGUCGAACCCCGCAAGUACAAGAUCUACUACAGCCCCCAUGAGCCGGGAAUAUACAUCCUCAACAUCAGGUUCGCGGACGAACACGUUAGUGGAAGCCCGUUCCUGCUGAACGCGAGCGGGGAUCCUUCCGGCCGUAUCCGGGAGACGGUUUCCCGGGAGAUGGAGCAGGCCGAGGCUAUCCAGCCUAACACUAAGUGCGAGUUCCUCCUUAAAAUUCCCGGUACUAAUCCAUUCGAUAUGGAGGCUUCGAUCACGGACGCGGAGGGACAGACGGAGCUAUGCGAGGUGAUGGACGAGGACGACUUCCACUACCGCAUCAACUUCACCCCCACCGCCAAGGGAAUCCAUAUCCUCUCCAUCAAGCACAAGGGCAUGCACAUCUCAGGCAGUCCCUUCCAGUACACGGUUGGUCAGCUGAAGGUGGGCGGGGCCCACAAGGUACAGGUGGGCGGCCCCGGAGUCGAGCGCGGGGAGGCAGGAUCUGAGAAUCACUUCAACAUCUACUCGCGUGAGGCGGGGGCUGGAACACUGAGUGUGGCAAUCGAGGGCCCCGGCCAUGCCAAGAUCCGCGUGGAGGAGCGGCCCCAUGGCUUCCUCGGGGUCUCGUACAACGUAGAUAAACCAGGUCAGUACGGCAUCCAUCUGAAGUUUAACGACGAGCACAUCCAUGAAUCGCCCUUCAAGGUCAGCAUUUCACCUGAUGGAGGUGUGGCCCGCCAGGUCACCGUGCACGCCCUCAAGGACAGGGGACUUUCGAUUGACAAGCCGGCGACGUUCACGGUGUCGUUCAAUGGCGCUUCCGGUCAACUGCACUCAUUCAUCCGGUCACCAUCUGGCGGCCACGAUGACUGCUUUAUCCAGGAAAUGGACUCUGGACUCUACGCCAUUAGGUUUAUCCCGAAAGAGAACGGCGUGCACUACGUGGACGUGAAGCUGAACGACACGCACGUGCCCGACAGCCCGUUCGCCGUCAUGGUUGGAUCCGUAGCCGCCGAUCCCGCCAUGGUUCACGCGUUCGGAGACGGACUCGAGAACGCAAGAUGCAACCAAAAGGCAAAGUUUGUGGUGCGGACAGCUGGCGCUGGUUCCGGUUUCCUCGCGUGCUUUAUCGACGGGCCGUCCAAGGCAGCGCUGAGCUGCGCGGAAGUGGACGAGGGGUAUGAGUUCAGUUACACGCCCUUUUCCCCCGGCAAGUACCUCAUCACCGUCAAGUACGGAAAUAUCGGCAUCGCAGGCAGCCCCUACCAGGCCGUCGUCACCGGUUCCGGCCGGAAGCCGUCACCGAUCCUGGAGCAGUCGUCCAUGGUUGUGGAGACUGUGGAGAAGAAGCCGGGUCAGAAGGCGUCCAAAAAGUUCCGUGGAGAUGCUAGCAAGGUGGUUGCCCGUGGACCCGGCAUUAAGAAGGCCUUCCUCAACAGGGCACAGAACCUCACACUCGACGUCAAAGAUGCGGGUAACGCUUUGCUGUCGGUCGGUAUGAUCGCACCAUCCGGCUUGCCGGAAGCGGACCUGAGCGUGAAGAAGACGACGAACACGUCAAUCACGGUGACGUACACUUGCAAGGAGCCAGGCGAGCACAUGCUUUCCAUCAAGUGGGGAGACGAUGACAUUCCCGGCAGCCCCUUCAAUUUGCACGCUUAACUUAUGUAUUUUCCUUAUGUGUUUUGUUACUUUGUAUAGCUUUUAUCUGUGUACAGUGGUGACAUGCGUGAUUCAAUUUAUUAUGAAUUUCCUUGUUUUGUAAUCGGUAUAAACGGCCAUUACUAGGCUGGUGAUUGCUCUACGUGUAGAGGGUUAUGUUAAAGUUGAAAUGGUGUCAUAUCGCUUAAGGACAAGUGAAAGUUUUCGAUUCAAGCACCAGAAUGAGGACAAGCUAGUUACAGGCGUCUGGAUCUAGCGCCCAGUCGGUGCCCGACCCCGGUCACCAGGGGUGUUUGUAGCGUCCAGUCAGUGCUCGACCCCGAUCACCACGUGUGUUUGUAGUGUCCAGUCAGUGCCCGACCCCGGUCACCACUCUACUCUUACAUUUACCUUAUAACGUUUUCAUCCCCAUUACGGGCGGAAGGUUUUAGCUGUUAGGACUUUCGACCAUGAUAACGCAGGGCGUCUUCAGUGCGACGUUCAAGGACGCUUGAAUGACGUCACUAUUACUUCAAAUACAUCGUGUGCUUGUCUGUUGAACAUUAUUCCUGAGUGAUUUGGAUAGAUUAAUUUUAAUUUUAUAAUAGAUAUAAACGUUCUUAUUUGAAGUGUUAUGGACAACUAUAAUUUCGCCAAAAUGGUACAAAAUACUUAACCUACAUAAAUAUUUUUUUUGUGUUUUGUCGAUGUGCAAUAUAAGUUAAUUCCCACAUAUAUUUAUUGUAUUUAUUGUGUUUUGAAAUGUUAAGGAUUCUACUGUAUGAUUGUAUGUGUGUUUGUGGAGCCGCCUAUCCUGUACUUGGUGUUGUCAGUCAGUCUGUGGUGGUUGGGGAGUGUGUCUCUCGUUGCGCGUGUCACCGGCGUGAUUCACAAUAUCUAGGAAUGUUUAUUAAUAAAUUAAACAUUGGAGGUUCAACAA